CCCCCUCUCUCCCCCCUCCUCGCGCUCCUCUAUGCUCAGCUCGGUGUGCGUCUCCUCUUUCAGAGGGCGCAAAGGUGGCAGCAAGUCGUGCGCCAAAGCAUGCGCAAGCGCCGACAUGACUUGCCCGUCGGACAGCGAGCGCAUCGUCAUCAACUGCGGCGGCGUGCGGCACGAGACCUACCGGAGCACGCUCCGCACGCUGCCCGGCACGCGCCUGUCGUGGCUCACCGAGCCCGACGCCUGCAGCAACUUCGACUACGACCCCAAAUCGGACGAGUUCUUCUUCGACCGGCACCCGAGCACCUUCGCUUUCAUCCUCAACUACUACCGCACCGGCAAGCUGCACUGCCCGGGCGACGUGUGCGGCCCGCUCUUCGAGGAGGAGCUCGCCUUCUGGGGCAUCGAUGAGACGGACGUGGAGGCGUGCUGCUGGAUGAACUACCGGCAGCACCGCGACGCCGAGGAGGCGCUCGACAGCUUCGAGACCCCCGAGCCGGACGCGCCGGAGGACGACCCCGCGCUGGCGGGCGUCGGCGGAGGCGUCGGCGCCGACGGAGACCUCAAGCGCCUCUGCCUGCACGAGGACAGCGGCAAGCCGAGCUGGUGGAGCGUCUGGCAGCCGCGCUUGUGGGCGCUCUUCGAGGAUCCCUACUCGUCCAAGUACGCACGGUACAUAGCGUUCGGCUCGCUGCUGUUCAUCCUCAUCUCCAUCUCCACGUUCUGCCUCGAGACCCACGAGGCGUUUAACACCAUCUACAACAAGACGGAAAACGUGACGGUGGGCAACGUGACGCGAGAGGAGGUGAUGUUCGAGGUGGUGACUGACAGCUGGCUGACGUACGUGGAGGGCAUGUGCGUGAUCUGGUUCACCAUCGAGGUGUUCACGCGCGUCAUCUUCUGCCCAGACAAGGCCGAGUUCUUCAAGAGCUCCCUGAACAUAAUCGACUUCGUCGCCAUCCUGCCCUUCUACCUGGAGAUGGCGCUCAGCAGCCUGUCCUCCAAGGCAGCCAAGGACGUGCUGGGCUUCCUGCGCGUCGUGCGUUUCGUCCGGAUCCUAAGGAUCUUCAAGCUGACGCGCCACUUCGUCGGGCUGCGAGUGCUCGGCCACACGCUCCGCGCCAGCACCAACGAGUUCUUGCUGCUCAUCAUCUUCUUGGCGCUGGGUGUGCUUAUCUUCGCCACCAUGAUCUACUACGCCGAGAGGAUCGGCGCUGACCCCAAUGACCCCACGGGCAGUGCCCACACCACCUUUAAGAACAUCCCCAUCGGCUUCUGGUGGGCCGUGGUUACAAUGACCACGCUGGGCUAUGGCGACAUGUACCCAGAGACUUGGUCGGGUAUGUUGGUGGGCGCUCUGUGUGCCCUCGCUGGCGUGCUCACCAUCGCCAUGCCCGUGCCCGUCAUCGUCAACAACUUCGGCAUGUACUACUCGCUCGCCAUGGCCAAGCAGAAGCUUCCCAAGAAGAAGAAUAAACACAUCCCGCGAGCCCCGCAGCCCGGCUCGCCCAACUACUGCAAGCCUGACGCUCUCGCCAUGGCCACCGCCUCGCCGCACAGACUCAUGGGCAAUGUGCUGGGUGGCAGCAUAGCAGGGGACUGCCCCCUGGCACAAGAGGAGAUCAUUGAGAUCAACAGGGCAGACUCGAAGCAGAACGGGGACGCGGCUAACGCUGCCCUGGCUAACGAGGACUGCCCCACUAUAGAUCAGGUGCUGGGGCCGGACGACAGGAGCCCGGCGACGGGAACUGGGCGCUACCCGCACGACCGCGCCUGCUUCCUGCUCAGUGCCGGAGAGUUCCGCACCACCGACAGCAAUGUCAGGAAAGUGCUGAGUUUCUGAACCGACCCCGUCCUCUGGAAAGACCUGAGACCUCGGCAUGACAAUAUUCCACCUCCAGAAUCACAGCGAGAGGAAACGAUCAGAGAGGGUCGAUCAGAGAAAAUGCCCAUUCGAACCGAAGAAAGCGGAAUCCGUCGUCACGUAGACGGAACCCACGAGCGGACGAACCAAACCCAGGCACAUCGCACCACACGGACGGGGAACGUCUCACUUCCUUUCGGUCCGGACCGUCGUUAAUCCGUUAAUCUUCUGCGCUUACAUAUCAGCACAUCGUGACUCUUCAUCUCAGCAAAUAAGUAACAGAAUGACAUGUUUUGAUUUGCAUUUAGUGCUAUUUAUUCUUUUUUUCCAUGUUUGCGUGUGAAAACUACAAGUGGAAGCUUUUAGGAUUUUAACAAAACAAAAAAAGAAAAGAAAACAGGGAUCGCUUCCACUUUGUGCUCUUCGCUGUUUUAAGGGCAAAGAAUUGAACGAUUGAACGUCUGAAAGAUUCCCAUGCUUGACUCGACUAUGCAAUUCAACCCCACGCUCUUUAAAAGAAAAGCCAAAUUGGUAGACAACAGUCAACUUCAUGCUCUUUCGGACGGAGAGAGGUCUCAUCCUGAACAUCUCAGAUACUGAACAUCGGUACAGAACCGUCAACAGAACCUUCCGGGACCCACAGACUCUCUGAUUAUAACCUAAACGAACAAACAUAAGCACCUCUUUCGGUCCUACUUUUCGUUCUUCCUCUCUUCCCAACAUCUCAGCGUUUCUCCUCCUCUGUAGUUGAACUGCAUGGCAUGAAAGUGAAAAAAAUCAAGACUAUAAAUAAAACCUGCAAGAAUUAAACUAGAGAACACGUAACGGGGCGGAGAAACCGACGAGACGCCGAACACACGAGGAUGUUCCUCCGGGAGGGGGGGGGGAGAGGAACCACCUGGACAGGACGGAUCCGAAACCCGCUGAAGGACAGAGCUGGGGUUUGGGAACGCUGGCUGAACUCUGAACUUUAGUCUUAAAGAAAAAAAAACGUAGUAAAAAAAAAUAACGAAUGCAAACUGAAAAUGCAUUUUCUGACUUUGUCUACCAGCAUGACUAAACUGCAUGACUCUGCUUCUGUAAGCCCUGAUUAACCCCCCUCACCCAACCUUCCACUCACACAUACACUCACACACACACGUAAAGAGGGCUUGGAAUUACAAAAAAAGAGCAAAAUCAUGCCAGGUUUAUGUAUAUGCAACUAAAUUAAGAAAAUAAUACUGAGAAAUGAUCUAGAUUGUUCUGAAUACAGAAUAUACAUGCAUAAAACAUAUAAAUCAAUCUGCAGCUACAGAGUGACCUUUAUGUACUUUAUACUAUAUAUAGAUAUUAGUUACCCCAUCCAAAUGGAACCGAUCUGUGAAAUGAACCCCACAUAUGACAUCUUUUUAACCUCUGUUCAUCCGCAUCUUCUCUUUCCUUCUACCGUUCUGCCCUCAGUUACUUCAGCUGCUGUUUGUUCAGUCAUUUUCUACAUUUAUUUAUUCGCUGGGCUCGUCAGGUUAAGUUAAUCGGACGUCUAGGAGAGCACACUGACAGCAGCGCGUUCGCUCGCUUUCUUUACGGCACGGUCUGUUCUCUUUUUAUAAGUUUUUAAUUCAGCACUACAGUGAAACGAUCGGUAGCAUUUUUUGACCUGGUAGAGCAAUACACACCUUAUUUUUUUACUACGAAAACGCUUUGUAGCCCUCAAAUAUGCCUGCUCGCACAGUCUCAUGUAAAUGUUAUUUAUUUAUUAUUGAUUUAUUUAUUUAUUUAUUGGUUUGGUCACUUGUUGAGGGACGUACUUCAGUGCAGUCGACAUGCAGUUACAGCCAUAAAGUCCACGAUGGAUCGAGUUGAUAAAAAAAAAAAAAGGUGCUUUUUAAGUCUUCCGUAGCAACUCUUACAAUUUAAGGAAACAGAAAGAGUCACAUAUGAAUGGAUUGUGUCAAAAAGGUCCAGACAAGCCAGGCACGACAGAGUUUUAUGUUUCUUUAACUCCUAUAGAGCUUAAAAGUGAGGUUCUGGAAUGACAUUUUUAGCGAUAACGUAUGAACCUGACGAGGCAAAUGAAUCUCAUAGAUCGUUACACUAUCAGCAUCACAGGAACGUUGAACUGAACAGCGACCGUCCACUUUUUAAAUAGCUUUGCUUUCCUAACUCUAGUUUGUACCCAGGAGUGUAAGAACUUUAAGAAAUGCGCCCCUGUUUGAAUAUGUAUGAUGUGUUGCUAGUGUUUUGGG